AGAAUUUCAGAUAGGAUCUAGUUAGCUAAAGGCUGCAGUGAUCGAGUGAUUGAUAUCAGAUAUGCUAAAGAAUCAGAAGAGCGUAGAGAACAUUUGUAAUCAGAUUUUUUUCCAUUUGUUUGUGUGAUGUGAGCAUUGCUGGCUAGUUUGGUAAUUAUUGCCCAUCUCUGACUGAAUUUCAACACGUGGUGAGUGCUGCCUAGCCCUAACCCUUAGUUGGUAUAUAUACUCCCACAACACUGUCCUCACCUGUUCUCCCUGUGCAGAUGCAUCUGCCCAUGACCAUAUUUAUAAGAGAGACCAAUAAGGAUUUUGUGGAGACAGUCCCAGUUUGACAUUUAGGAUACCUUCUAUCAUGUUUUGUGGCUUAUCCAUACUAAAUGGGACAAAAUGUGAACAGAAUUAGCAAAUUGAAGCUGGACAUCCAUGAGGCACUGUGAGCCAUCAGUUGCAGCAGAAUUAGUACCGUAGUCUGUAACCUUAUCGCACCACAUAUCCCCCCCAUUACAUUAUCAUGAAGCUGGAAAAUCAACCUUCUUUCAUUGAAGAAUGCAGGAAGGUAUGAAAGAGCAGCACUCCUAAAAAUGAGGCAUCACCCUGGUGAAGCUGCAACACACGACUAUUUUUAUGCCCAACAGAGGAAGCACCAUGCAUUAGAUAGGUGCUAAGGGAAUCCCAACAGACCAGAUCUAAGCUCCAAAGUUAUGCUACAUUCAAUUGUGAAUGAUGGUGAAUAGUUAAUCAACUCACUGGAGGAUGUAAAAAUACCCUCAUUCUCAACAAUGGGGAAACUCAGCAUGUCAGUGUAAUAGACCAGGCUGAAAUAUUUGCAUCAGUCUUCAACCAGUAAUACCAAGUAGAUGAUCAUCUUUGUCUCAGUUCGAGGUCCCCAGCAUCACAGAUGCCAGUCUUCAACCUAUUUGCUUAACUCCAAGUGAUAUCAAUAAAUGGCUGAAGGCACUGGAUACUCAAGAAGCUUGACAUCCUCGAGGACAAAGCGGAUGCUUGAUUGCCACAUCAUCCACUGCCAUCAACAUUAACUUCCUUCAUCGUCAACACACAGUGCCAAAAGUCUCCACCAUCUAAAAAAUGUACAGCAACAGCUCAACAACACUCCCUCAAUGGCACUUCCCAAACCUGCGAACCCUACUUUCUAGAAGGGCAAGAUGCUCAAGUACUGAAGUUGGAAAUGAUCUCCAAAUCCUUUGCUUCCCUUUGUUCCCGUUCGUUAGUAUAUACGUUGGUGUUGGGUGCACUAUACAUCAUACUCGGAUGCAGUCGGAUUCUUCUAAUGAAGCUUUCUGCUAAUGAAGAUAAUGAAUAUGACUAUCUACCAGCUACAGUGAAUGUUUGUGCAGAGACAGUAAAACUGGUGUUUUGUAGCAUUCUAGCAAUAAGGGUUCUGAUACAAGAGGGACAGAAGUGCAAGAGUUUGGGAUACUCUUCCUGUCGGGGUUUUCUUCGAUUUAUGAAAUGGUCUGUUCCAGGGUUUCUCUACUUUGUGGAUAAUUUAAUUACCUUUUAUGUGCUGAUCUACCUCCAACCAGCGAUGGCUGUCUUGUUGUCAAAUUUUGUUAUCAUCACAACAGCUCUCCUGUUCAGGAUUGUUCUAAAGCGGCGCCUGUCCUCAGUGCAGUGGGCAUCACUCGUGAUUUUAUUCCUUUCCAUCGUAGCUCUCGUAGCAGGGUCUGGAGUAACCCAAAAUGUUGUGGCAAAGCACACAUUUAAUCACACGAUGCACUUUAAUGCUUCGAAUAGCUGCAUUCCAUUUGUUUCAUCGCAAGAUAAAAAUUUACAGCAUCAGUUGGAGAUCAAUUCCACGCUAAUUUUAUUACCAGCUUUGAAAUGGAACAUAAGUUCACUAAAAAGCUUUAACCUUGGAUUUGGCCAUCUCUUCAUAAUUAUUCAGUGUUUUAUCUCUUCCAUGGCUAACAUCUACAAUGAGAAAAUGCUGAAAGAAGGAGAUCAGCUGACUGAAAGUAUUUUUAUCCAGAAUAGUAAACUGUACCUUUUUGGAGUUAUAUUUAAUAGCCUGCUAUUACUACUUCGAUCUAAAUCCCGUGUCCACAUCCAGAACUGUGGCUUCUUCUAUGGACACAAUAUGUUUUCUGUGGCUUUAAUUUUUAUUACUGCUGCCUUUGGAUUGUCUGUGGCUUUUAUUCUGAAAUUCAAAGACAACAUGUUUCAUGUCCUCACUGCCCAAAUAAUAACUGUCAUUAUUACUGCAGUAUCUAUCUUUACAUUUGAUUUUACACCUUCCUUGAGCUUCUUCUUAGAAGUCCCGGUGAUAUUGCUGACAAUAUUUAUAUACAAUGCCAGCAGAAUAAAUGACCCUGCGUACAUGCUACAGCAAGAAAGAUUCAAGGUUAUAAAUGGUGAACUUCUGGAACGUUCCAGUGGGGAUGGUGAGGAGUUGGAGAGAUUGACCAAACCAAACACUGAUUCAGAAACAGAUGAAGAUUCCUUCUAAAAAUUGUUUUUAGUUUACAAUCACAAAUUAUUCCUUUUUUAAUGAAUGUGAAUUAGUACUUAACUUGCAUUGACUUGUAAAUGUAAGUCAGCCAUUCUUCCAUGGCCAUUAUCAGCAUUGUGCAAUCCGCCUUUUCAAGUAAUAAUCCCAGAAUGACUGAUUUGGCUUUAAAUUAAGCUAACUCCUAAAAAUCUUAUGGUUAAAUUGCACAAACUCAGAUUUCGCAAUUGAUGCCAAAGGAACAGCACUCAAUCUUACAGCUGCCUUGGUGUGUUUGUGGACCUUUGAAUAGCAACUUAUGGUUACUAAAGACUCAUCAGCGAGGGACCUCUAUAAAGGAUCUGAGACCUUUAAGGAGCAGGAUUAGCAACACUACAUCAUCAACAGACCAGAUUGAAGAAUCUUUAUGGAGAGACACAGCUUUAACCAGACAGUAUUUUCAUACAAAUUUAAUUCAAUGUAAGAUUAUCUACUGAAAGCUGAAAAAAAAGAGUUUGAUAGUUAACAUGGAAUUGAAAUAAAGGGAAGUAUUAAUUUUUAAAAAUUCUUUGAUGACUAAAUUCAUAGUUUGUUUGGCAUUAAAUUUAUUACACUGUUUAAAAUGUCACACCAGAGCGUGAAAGCCUGAACCUUUUCUGGUGUAUUUACUUGGUAACUAGUGACAGGUACUGUAACUUUACACCCUCUGGGUACUGCGUACGAAGGAGCAGAGCAUCUCUGACAGCAACCUUCAGGUUUCUGUGUUUUACUGUUCAUGCACUGAUAAUCUUCCUGUUAAUCCUGAGUAAAAUCUCAAUCAUUACAUAUCCUCAUAUUUAUUCUAUUGCUCCUAUUCUAUUAUAUUUCAGUAAUAGCAUUUCUUAUUAUAGUAACAAUUACUUGAAAAUCUCUUACCAUGAAAACAAAUAAUGAAAGUAACUGAACAAGUACUUUGUCUGGCUCUGUGACAUGACAUUGAAAUUAAUUAUUUGAUUUGUGCAAAUAUACUGUUGUAAAGUGGUACGCCAGUGCAGUUUAAUGCCUACUUCAGGAGACUGUUAUCUUGGUUGGUCUUGUUUCUGUAUAGCUUUAUAGCAUUUCCAAAUGAGGUCAGUUCUAAUACUGGUAAUUAUUUGUGGAGUAAUAAUUUGGGAGGUACAAUCCCUGAGUUCAUUAAAAAUAAUGCAGUGUUUAUUAAUGGAAUGUGCCACCGUGUUGAACUAGUUCCAGAAUGUUUUGUUGAGCAUUAACUCUGGAUUAAAUUGUAGAUGAAAAGUAAAAUUAAAAGUACUUGAUUUAAUUAGUGCGUAUAAACUGAAUUAAAAGAUUAGAUGAAUGACAAUUAAAUGAACUUUAUAAAGCAAUGUACCUUGUUAAAAACAUUUUUAGUUAAUAUACAUGAGACUGUAUGGAUUCUGUGAAUUUUUAUUAUAGUACUUAAAUGUACAAAGAAUUCUAAAAAUGUGUGUUAACCAUUUGUAUUUAGUAAAAAUUUCUGACAGUAAACAGCAGAUCAAACAUUUUCUAAAUUUUGAUCUGAAAAAAUACAAAAGCAAGUACUGGAUGCUAAAAUAAAAACAAUGUUGAAAAUAUUCAGUAUGAUUGAUAGGAUCUUUGGAAUGGUAUUUAAAAUAUUUCUCGUUAUUGUGUUAGAAACUAUACGAUUGUAUACAACAGGAACAAAUUAACAGAAAACAGUGCAAAGUAUAAGGUUAACUAUAAAAGAAAACGAAAUGAAGACAAUCAAUUACUCUGAUUUUUGUUUCUGAAAUGGUUUUAGCAAUUAUUUUACCUUCUCAAAAAUAUUAAAUAGGCAUGAAUCAAUAAGUUUUCUAACAAAAAUGUUUCUUAAAUUACUUAUUUUGUAAUAAAAUGACUCAGGUUACGUUGUUUUUUUUGUCUUUAAUUACAAUGAUCAGUGUUUUGUUUUACUGGAAGAUCUUUGUUUCUUAUAAAAGCUUGGGUGAAAUUGACAUUUCUACCAUCGACAAUCCAACUUCACACUGAGCUAUGUGUCACAACUACUCUAUGUGGGACAGAAUAAUAGAACUAGCAGUUCAAAACUGGGAAUUCUUUACAUUUUGGUGAUCAGCAAGGGCAAAAUUGUAUACCAGCAUAAUCAGGCAUGCCCUUAACAUCAUGACCAUCAAAUCACAUUGUUCAAUGAGGAGCAGCACCAAACAUUCAUAAAAAUGACCUUGUUAAACCAUGACAUAGAAUUCGGUUCUGAAGUCAUUUCAUGAAAUGUUAGCUUAUAUGGAGAGAGAAGGAACCAGCAUAGAGUCAUACACCUUGGAAUCAGGCCCUUUAGCCCAAAUAAUCCAUGUCAACCAUGUUCCUAAAUCAAACUAGUCCCAUUUGUCUGCAUUUGGCCCACAUUGCUCUAAGUCCUUCCUAUGCAUGUACAUGUCCAAAUGUCACUUAAAUGUUGAAAUUGUCCCAGCCUCUACCACUACCUCUGGCAAUUUGUUCCACAUAUGCAAGAUCCUCUGUGUAAGAAAAAAAAAUUGCCCCUCAGGAGUCUUGAAUCUUUCACCUUAACCCUAUGCCCUCUAGUUUUGGACUCUCCUACCCUUAGAGAAAUGACCUUGGUUGUACGUCUUACAAUAAGCCCCUCAUGGUCAAAACAUGUGGCACUGGAAAAGCACAGCAGGUCAGGCAGCAUCUGAGGAGCAGGAGAAUUGACAUAAGCGCAAUGCCCCUUGUGAUUUUAUAAACCUCUUUAAGAUCACCACUCAGACUCGUAUGCUCCGGGGAAAAAGUUCCAAACAAUCUAGCCUCUCAUAACUCAAACCCUCCAGUCCCGGUAAUAUCCUUGUAAAUCUUUUUUCACACCCUUUCCAAUUUAAUAACUUCCUAUAGCAGGCUGACCAGAAUUGUACACUAUGCCAAAUGUUGCCUUACCAAUGUAUUAUAUAGCCAUAACAUGAUGUCUCAAUUCCUGUACUCGGUGCUCUGACUGAGGAAGGCAAAUGUGCCAAAUGUUUCUUCACCAUUCUGUCUACUUGUGAUACCAUUUUCAAGGAACUAUGUACCUGAAUCCCUAGGUUUCUCUGUUCAACAACAGUCCCCAGAGACUUACCAUUUACUAAGUUGUGCCCUGGUUUGAGUUACCAAAAUGUAGCACCUUGCGCACCUUGCAUUUAUCAGAAUUAAACUCCAUGUGCCAUUUCUUGGCCCAG